CUGCCAGUAGGGGGCAGCAUCACGCCUCACAGCGUACAAUCUGCCGGGAAUCCAUUAGUGGAAGAAGAAGGGAAGUAGUUGUUGUUGCUAGCCAACGUCCUGCUAUCACUGUUUACAAGUGAGAUGCUGCUAAAGUCGCACAUAAACCCUUGAUCUUUUUACAUUUAAGACUUAGUUACGAUGCCGUGGAGGUGCUGUGUUCCUGGGUGUAAAGGCUACGACGAGGCGAAGUCUAUGGGGGUUGUUUUUCACGGUUUACCGACCAGAGACCCGCAGCGCUGCAAAACAUGGCUGAAAGCGAUCCAGAGCCCCCGGUUUGACGAAAACACUCCGGUCUCUAAAUACAGCGGGGUAAGAGUGUGCAGCCUGCACUUUCAGCCCGAGGACUACGAAGAGGACUUCCGGGCUAAGAUACUGAACAUAGCGCCCAAGCCGGUGCUCAAGAGCGGCGCUGUGCCGUCAGUGUUCCCCGGGAGAGAGCCCUCUGAGCCGGGCAGAACUGAGACGUCUCCCCCGGCUCCGAAGAGAAGCAGAACUCAAGCGCCCUGCUCCUCCCAGCCCCCCCCAGCAGCAGCAGAAGAUGACAGUUUCUGCAUCGUGGUGUCAGUCGACCCUUUGGACCACAGCUUCCACUCGGAACCAGACUUCAACCCAACGACAUCGGAGGACGAAGAAGACGCCGACAAAGACUGCGCUAUAGUGCACGCCCGCAGCCUGAUGGAGCUGUUCAGGAUGUGUCAGACGUGCGGGCAGCCAAUCACGGAGAAGGAGCUGUUCCACUCGGGUGCUCAGAUGAGGGUGAAAUGGGGCUGUCACGGUGGACACUCUGGGGUGUGGAAGUCCUCCCCUCACAUGAGAGACACACUUCCUUGAACUCUGUGGGCGCGUCCCAGGUUCUUACAUCUUUAGUCUCCGCGGCAUCGUUAUGUUAGCCGCCGUGACUCAGGGCUCAGCCAGCGGCCGCAGCGAGGGCAACGUUGACAGUCCCGGAGAUGGACAAUCUGUUGAGCCAUCUCCCGAUGUCCGCUGCUGCCUCUGCGGGGAGUAAAACAGACGGACCGCAGGCUUUUUUUGCUGCCCAGGGCCUGCCGCUGAUUCGGGCAUCACUGUUUUGUAGUAUGGUAUCAUAGCAACGACUACGACUCACAGCGCCGACGGAUUAUUUCCGGU